AUGAAACUCGAGGUUCUUCCUCAAAAGUUACACGGAGGUGAAAUAUCUUCAAUUGACAUUAAUUCAACCAACAAAAUAGUGGCUACUGGUGGUAAGGACAACAUAAUCGCUUUAUGGAAUCUUGAAAGCCUAAUCAACGCUGAUGUUGCCGAAAAAAACCACGCUUUGCAGCUAUCACCAGAAAAGACCAUAGAAGUACACAAAAGUCCAGUAACAUGCGCAAGAUGGUCUCCAACAGAGAACCACGUUUUGAUAUCAGGCGACCGAACAGGUCAUAUCUACAUCUCCGAUACCUCAAAUGGAACCUCAAUCCUUAUUUACCCUUGGCCAUCAAUCGAAGAUGAGGCCAAACUGAUGAUUGACGGAUCGUGGUCUAAGGAUGGUAGACUCUUUGCAUGGAGUACUAGUGACUGCAAAGUUCAUAUCUACGAUACCGUCAAAAGAACUUAUCAAGUGCUUCUGAAUGAAGUGAAGGAUGAGAAAACUUCCAUCCAGCGAAGCAUUGCAUUUGAUCCUUCGAAUACGCUUCUAGUGACGAUUGGUGAUGACACUUUGGUGCACAUUUAUCAGUAUCACUACGUUGAGGAUAGUUACCAAUUUAAGGUUCUAUGCAAAAUCUCCAAAUUGAUGAACAACAAUGCAACAGAUGUGCAAGGCCUUAACCAUAGAAAAAUAUCCUGGUCAUGCGAUGGUGAAUUCUUUUCUGUUCCGAAUGCCAGCAAACAACAAGCGGCAUUGAUAUCACUUCUUUCUAAAUCCCAAGAUUGGGAGAACAAAAUUAGCUUAGUGGGACAUGACAUGGAAUGUGACGUCGUUCAGUUUGCUCCUCAUAUCUACCAGUCGGAACCAGAAGUUGUUGCCCUAGAUACUGAUAGGCAUAACAUAUAUCAUGUGAUAGCCUCUGCUGGUUUAGACCGAACGCUAGUCUUGUGGAAUACCUCCAAAGAAUCGCCCGUUUUAGUCUUGCGAGAUAUCACAGAGAAACCUAUUGCAGACUUAUGCUGGGAUACUACGGGAGAGAGGUUACUUUUCGUGACAAUGGAUGGUCACCUUGGAGUUGUGGGUUUCGAAAGAGGAGAACUAGGGGAUACUAUUGCUUCAGAUCUUCUUUCUAAGCUUAAAGAAUCACAGGAUAAGCACUCAAAGCCUUUCUCGUGCAAGAGUGAUGUGGAAGCUAGUAACUCAAAGAAAACUAAGCACCUAACUGAUCUUAUUGAACAAAGCAAAGCUACUAAUGUGUUGGAAGCAUUCAAGAAACCGAAAGUAACAGAGGACAUAGAAACGGAAGAGAGAAAGCCAGAAGAGCCGACUGUUGAUGAUAUAUUCCCAUCAAAACUUGCUGGGGACAUCAUCCCCACAGUUAUAACUGCGAGUAGGGCGGACAACACAGAUGACGUCGAUAUGCUUCAAUCUGCAAUGAGGGAGCGGGAGCAACCACCAAAUGUAUCACAAAGCCGAGCAAAGGGAGAUACGGUAGCGGUGAAAGAAAUUGCCACAUCGCUGCAGAGGGUAUCCAUCAAAAAUGGAAAAAAGCGCAUCCAACCUGUUCUCAUGAGCAACGGACAAAAGACAUCUACUUCUAUGAACGAUACGAGCGCUUUACUACAAAAUCAAUCUCAAACAUCUAUGGGAUUGAAAACAGGCAAAACUCUAAUGGAAUUUGAUAAGCCUUCGUAUUCAGUAACUGAAGAGGCACAGAAGGAAAAUAAGAAACACAAAGUGCUUGAUGAAAGUGGAAGUACAAAAAAAGCCAAAAGAAACUUGAUUCCAAUUAAGUUUGUUGGAUCCGUUGUGCUUAACCCAAGUACCACGUUCGCUAAAGUCAGAUUAUCCGCACCAAAGAUCAGAAUGUUUUUCGGAUUAACCUCAAGAGAAUCAGCUGACAUAUACCUUGACAUAAAGAAUGGACAAGGAAAUGAAACAGCACCUUCAAGAGUGACCUGCUUUAAAAGGGAACUGCAAAUUUGGACUGACUUCAUUCCAAAGUACAUACAAUUGGCUUCAGAGGGAAGCAAUUUCUGGGCCAUUUCUACCGCUGAUGGGCAAAUCUUAACAUAUUCACGUGUAUCCGGUAAGAGACUUCUCCCGCCUCUAAUAAUGGGUGCGCCAUUAUCUUUCUUAGAAAGUCACGGGAAAUAUUUGAUGGCUGUCACUACCAUAGCAGAGGUGUUCGUUUGGGAUAUGGAACAAAAGAAAUUGCAUAUGAGCUCUCCUCUGUCUCUCGCGAGCCUAUUGGAUCUUAACAACAAGUUUGAAGAAGAUACAAUUAGCAAGUCAGAGAAUGUUACCAUGUGUUCUAUAACAUCGAAGGGAAUGCCUCUUGUGACACUUUCGAAUGGAGCAGGAUACCUUUAUAAUAUUGACAUGGGUGUGUGGAAUACUAUUUCGGAGGCGUGGUGGGCAUUCGGAUCACACUACUGGGAUUCAAUCUCAGAUGAUAAAACAUCGAUUGAGCCCCAAAGUUCAGAAUUAUUGGGCCGCGAAGCUAAAUCGUCAUUGAUUGGACUCAUGGAGCACAAAACGAAUGAAGAGAUACUAAGAAAAAGUCGUGUGGGAAGAGGCAAGUACUUCAACAAAAUAUCCAAAAAUAUGAUUAUGAAAGAAGGAUAUGAGAAUUUGGAGAACACUGUCUCUUUAUCACAUCUAGAGAACCGCAUCUUGUGUUGUGAAAUUUUGGGUGAAGAAAAAGAUUUCCACGACUUUUUAAUAAUUUAUGUCAAGCGAAUUUGCGAGCUUGGGCUCAAGGCAAAACUAUUCGAAAUUUGUGAGCAGCUUCUUGCGAGUGACAAUCUACAACAGCCCAAAAUAUGCGGUUAUGACAAGCAGGAAUUGUUGAAAGAAAUAAUACUUUCGUGUGCGGAAUAUAGAGAUUCCCAAAGAAUUUUGGUUCAUUUUAGCAAAAUAUUGGGGAUUAUAGAUAGCGAUUACUAG